CGACCAAUGGCGGAGAAGAAAUGCUGAAACUUUAGCCAAAUGUCUAUCUGCCGAUUAGUCGGAUGACUGAAGAGAUUUGUUUAAAAAGCCAACUGCUGGACCCGAGCAUGUCAAACAAUUGAAACAAGGUGCCUGAAAAGUUUGGACUCACUCACGGGGUCUGAAGGAGCUUUUUGGGGAAUCGUGGCUGGCUCUUCUACGGAAAUAUCACUAAUUUUUAAAAAAAAGUAUAAACAUUAAUUCACAAAGAUCAGCCUUUGUAUAACACACCAGAACAUCAGAGGGGCAUCUGAAUGAAGGCGAUGACUAGCUUCACACUCUGUAUCUGUCUGUUAUCUCUUUUAUCUGUGGGCUUUUCAGGGAAAAACUUCAAGGACACAGUUGCUGGCAAAUCAGCCCACCGUGUGAUGCAUAAAGAAAACAUAGGUUGGGAUUACAGCAACAUUCAGACGAAAUUUAGUCUUCAGAGUUCAAAGACAACCGACAAUAAAGACUGUGACAUUAUUGCAGGUGUGGGAGAGAGUCUGGUGAAAUGUAACUUCAACAUGACUUCUAAGACAUUUAUUAUCAUCCAUGGGUGGACGACAACUGGACUGAUGGAAUCUUGGAUCAGUGGAAUGGUUAAAGCGCUGCAAAAACAAGAAGUAUAUGCAAACAUCAUUGUAGUCAACUGGCUGGAGCGUGCACAUCAACUUUAUACAAUUGCUGUCAACAAUUCAGAGGUGGUUGGAAGAGAAAUUGCCAUGUUAAUUGACUGGCUGGAGCAGGUAUCUGAUGUGCCGCUUCCUAAGAUUCACAUGAUUGGCUAUAGCUUGGGAGCUCACGUUGCAGGAUUUGCAGGAAAAGCUGCACAAAAGAAAAUUGGAAGAAUAACAGGUUUGGAUCCAGCUGGACCCUUGUUUGAAGGAGUCAUCCCUGAUCAGCGACUCUCCCCAGAUGAUGCAGACUUUGUAGAUGUACUACACACUUUUGUAUAUGGUACACUGGGAGUUAGCAUUGGCAUCAGUCAGCCUGUUGGCCAUAUCGAUGUGUAUCCAAAUGGUGGCAGUUUCCAGCCUGGAUGUGGCCUUCAUGAUGUCAUCAGUAUUAUAGCCCAUGCAAGCUUUGGUGAAGUUGUUCAUUGUGAGCAUGAACGUUCAGUGCACCUCUUCGUUGAUUCCAUCCUGAACCAGGAUAAGCAGAGCCUGAUGUAUCGAUGCACUGACACUAAGACAUUUGAGAAGGGAAUGUGUCUCAGCUGUCGAAGGAAUCGUUGUAACAACCUGGGCUACAAUGUCAAAAAAGUCAGAAGCAAACAUCUGAACAGGAUGUAUUUGAAGACAAGAGCUGAUAUGCCCUUUAAAGUUUUUCACUACCAGUUAAAAAUGCACUUCUUCAGUGCGGAAGAAAUACAAGAUUCAAAUCCUGAAUUACAUGUAAACUUGUAUGGGACCAAAGCUGACAGCAAGAAGACCAAAAUUGAAAUACCUGAGCAAGUUGUUGCAAAUAGGACAACUUCCUUCCUUGUCUAUUUGGAGGAUGACAUUGGAGAUUUGCUUAGCAUUAAACUGAUGUGGGAAGGGUCCUCAUUAUCCUGGUCAUUUUGGACACAGCUCAAAAGUCUCUGGUACGGGUCAAAUCAUAAUGAACCAAGAGACUUGAAAGAGUUGGAAAUAAGAAAGAUUCGUGUGAAAUCUGGGGAAAUGCAGAAAAAGUACACAUUUUGUGCGACCAGGCCCUCAACCAAGAGAAUUUCACCAGGAAGGGCAAUGAUGUUCACCAAAUGUCUGGAUGGUUGGCCAAUUAAAAAAAUGAAAUGAGUCUUUAAUCCAAAGAUCAUCACAGGAAUGUUAUGCUACAGCAUGUUCAAGGGACUUUGAAGUCUUAUCUUCCCGAACCAUGAUUGACUUUUUCCUGAGUGCCAUCCUGGAAGAGUUGCAGCAGCCUUUGCCUCAAAGAUUAUUCCUACUAUUCAAUUUCUUCAUUUGAUCUGCUGGGCUUGUUUAGUACAUUAUACUUACAUUAAGAGAAGAGACCUCCUGAGCUUUGGCUGUGCUGCUCAUGGACUGAGUUCCCACAAUACAUUUGUACUUUUUCUACAAGGCCCACAGACACCCUGUGCCGGUCACAGCUUCCAUUGCUCUAAUGCUAUAAUCCAAGACAAUUUUUGUACUGCUGAUAAUUUAAAUGAUAAAUGUCAGUUUCAUAGCCUUGUUUGUAUAUAUUGUAUUGCUACAUUUUUGUACAUGGUGGACUUACACUUGUUAAAUGCUAUUUAUAUAUUGA